AUGUCGCCCAAGUCCUCUGAGUCUACCACCACCAUGGACAACGCCUCGAUGCAUACAACUUCCUCAUCUGCCUCAACGCUCAAGGGCAUCUUCACCAAGACCCUGAAGCUCAAGGACAACAGCGGCGUCUCAUCAAGCACCGCUGCUCCCAAGAAGCGAACACCAAAGGACUACAAGGCUGCAGCGAUCCACCACGAAGCUGUGGCGCAAUACCUAGCUCUGCGCUGA